UCUAAAGAGUAAAUUAUCCUUUUUAAACACGUAAAAAAAAAGAAACUUUUUGGCUUUCGAAAAUCAAAGUAAAAAAUCUUCAGUCUUUGAGUCGCCAUGAAACGCAAGGGACAUGAGACUGACAGGUUAUGCAGCCGCCGGAGCCUCUUGAUCUGAAGAAGAUGACUAGAUUUCAGGUGAAACCACAACAAAAGAAACUCCUCUGCAAAGUCGAAUCUAGGGUUUGCUUGGAACGCAAUCUACAUCAGAUCCCUUCAGAUCUAGAGGUAGAGAUACUGACCAGAUUGCCUGUGAAGUCUCUUAUGAGGUCCCGAUGCGUGUCAAAGAUGUGGUCUUCCAUCAUCCGAAGCCAAGGGUUCGUCGAUGCUUACUACGCUAUGUCCCGGUCCCCCCGGUUUACAGUCGCUUUCAGCAACAAUGUAUUUGUCAAGGGUGAUGCCCAGCGUCUGUUCAUCUUCUCGUCUUCAUACCAGGAGGAGAAGGGAGAUGAAUCUUCUUCUUUGGUUGCCAAUCUCCACAUGACUAUACCUUCGUUGAGCUUGUCUUUCGUCUCCAAUUGUUCUUCCGUCCAUGGCUUUGUCGGUUGUUGUUAUGGUUUUCAGUUCACUAUAUGUAACCCUAGCACGGGUCAAGCCUUUACUUUGCCCUGUAAAGGAAACCGCACAUCCUUGGGAUACGAUCCUGUUGAUGGCCAAUUCAAAGUAUUGUCUUUGGUGCCUAUUCCUGUCGGGGGUCAUCAUAUUUGUAUUGUUCACGAGGUUAUCAAACUUGGAGGAGGAGGAGAAUCACGCAAUGAGGUAAUCUCCCCACCUUAUUGCCCUCUGACCAAUAGACUAAGUAUUAAUGGUUUUAUAUAUUCUGGUGCUUGGGCCCCAAGACCAAGAACGAAUCCGGUGAUUGUCUGUUUUGAUGUUAGACAUGAGAAGAUAAGUUUUAUCAAAAUGCCUAAGGAUAUCCUGAUGAGUUAUUCAGUGUUGAUAGAAUACAAAGGGAAGUUAGCUUCCAUUGUUAGACACCAACCUUUGAGCUUCCGCAGUUUUGAUUUAUGGAUUUGAGAGGACGUGAAGAAACAUGUCUGGUCCAAGCAAACAUUUCACCUUUCUUACGAUUUGGUGAACAUGACUUCCCCGGGCACCAACAAGGCUGGUGAAAUCAUUUUUGCUCCAACAAAACUGUCACAUGGUGCACAACCCUUCUACAUUUUCUACUACAAUGUUGAAAGAAAAGACUUGAGAAGAGUUCGGAUCCAUGGGAUUGCUGACGAUGAAGGUUUUAGACACUGUUAUGGACUCGAAGGGGAUUGUAAUGUCUCUAUCUCACCCGAACAUGUUGAAAGUAUUGCCUUUUUAUAAUUGUGUUUUUUUUUAUGCAUGUAAGACUUCGUCAAACUCUGGUUUUUCUUUUUUCAAUCAAUAUUCAAGUGUUGUU